AUGUCAGCAACAUCGGGGCUGGUAAGACCAGAUAGCGUGCACCGAACGGUCUAUACCGAUCAGGCGAUCUUCGAUCGUGAGAUCAAGAAUAUCUGGGAGAAAGUCUGGGUUUAUUGUGGGCAUGAGUCACAGGUUCCCAAAAGAGGCGAUUUCCAGACCGUCCAGAUAGGACGCCAGCCGAUGAUCAUGGUGCGCGGACGCGAUCAAGAGAUUCACGUGCUGUACAACCGCUGCCCACACCGCGGCGUGCAGCUGUGCGGCGCACGGUCUGGCAAUACCGGGUCUGCUUUUGUCUGUUCAUAUCACGCCUGGACCUUCCACCUUGACGGCAAGGUGAAGGGCAUUCCGAUGAGUGAAGGGUAUGACGGCACUCGGAUGAAUUCCGAUAACCCCGAUUGCUCCGUGAAAUCAGCCGCGCGGGUGGCUAGCUACCGAGGAUUCGUCUUCGCCAGCCUAUCACCCGACGGCGAAACGCUGGAAGAGUUUCUCGGUGAGGCGCGUAUCGCGUUCGAUGAUAUGUGCGAUCGAUCGCCCCUUGGCGAAGUAGAAGCGGUACCCGUUUGUCAUCGGGUCAUUCAGCACUCGAACUGGAAAUUCUUUAUGGAGAACCAGCUCGACGCCCUACACCCUUCAGUCACGCACCAAUCGACCGGUGUUGCCGCUGGCCGGAUUGAGCGGUCACUUGAAGCGCAGGGCGAAACACCGCCGUUGUACUAUCACUACCUGUCAGCGUUCGCCUCAUCAUUCGAUAAAUGGGAUUCGGUCCGGACCGUCAAUUUUCCCCGCGGACACGGUGUCCUGGCAGGUUACAUGGGCUUACGCCCUGACGAUCCCGACACCAACGAAUACGUUGAUUCCAUGUACAAGGCUUACGGCGAAGAACGCGCAGAGGAGUACCUUCAGCGCAACAUUCACCACGUGUUGGUCUACCCAUAUCUAUCGGUUCAGUCGCCGUUGCAACAGAUGCGCGUGCUGCGCCCCAUCGCGCCGAACAAGACGCUGUCAGAAAUUUGGCACUUUCGCCUCAAAGGCGUCUCGCCCGCAAUCUAUCGACGCUCGCUAUGGUACUUCAACCUGGUCAACUCACCCUCUACCAUGGUCAAUGCAGAUGACCUCGAAAACUGGACCAAAGGCCAGUGGGGGCUUGAGUCGGACGGUGGCGACUGGGUCAGUUUUCACCGCGAUUACGGACGCGAUACCAUCGAGGAUGGUACAACCUAUUCCAACAACGGCAUGUCAGAGGCCGUAAUGCGCAGCCAGUUUUCUGCCUGGUCUGAAUACAUGAGGGAACAGUAA